AGCUGGAAACAUUCACCGUGCGCGGCCAUGCGACGAUCAUCUACGCAACUUUUAUUUACCUACGUAAAUUAAUACGAGUUGAUAAAUUAUAGGGUUUAUAUGCCGGUCGUGCGUUAGUACAUUAAAAUGUCGCUAUCGGUCUAAAAGUGAAGAGCUAUGUUACGCUCUUGACUAGAAUAAUAUUUAUUUUAUUGACAUGUGAUAACAAUCUUCGAUAACAAAUCUUUUCGUCUCUGUACUAGUUGCGAAACCCACCAUUCCCAAGUAAUGUGUAAUAGUGUCUGAGUGCUUUCAUAAAAAUGAAAUUCCCGAAGAAAGUGAUUACGUUAACUGAUUUGUGGGUGUUUUCGAGUGAGAAAUCAAGUGAUUUUUACUUAUCUUCAUGGCAGAAAGGAGAGUCGCCGGUACCAAUGUUGAUAGUAAGAUUGGUCCUCGCGGGGAUUUCGAGCGGAAUCUUCGCCUGGUCCCUUUACUCUGGUGCAUCAUGGUACUGGCUGGUAUUUCUGACAAACUGGGGAAUAUUAUUUGUCUUCUUGAUGACAAUUAGUGGUCUCUCGGUUUCUAUUAUGUCUGCACGUAAGAAACUCUCUGAUGCGUCAUCGGGAGAUUUGCCGUGGUACGUAAGCUCUUAUUGGCUGAUCUACAAUGUGAUUACAACAGUAGCCAUCAUGAUCACAGGACUCUACUGGAUAUUACUCUAUAACCCUGAUGCCAGUGAGGAGGAUGUUAACUUUUGGCUGGACCUGUCGACUCAUGGUUUCAACUCUUGCAUCGUGUUUAUUGAGUUGAUGGUAUCGAGGACCCCUUUAAGAUUCGUUCACAUCUACCAGCCGCUGACAGUGGGGUUGUGGUAUCUCGUAUUUUCGGUGAUAUAUUACUUCGCAGGUGGCACAGACGAAAUCGGAAACCCAUACAUUUAUUCAGUCCUGAACUGGCAAGAACCGGAUCAAUGUAUGACUUUAGCCGCUGUCUCUUUGGGUGGUGUAUUCGCUGUGUUUACAUCUCUAUGGCUACUAACUAUAUUCAGAGACAAAGUAUCAGUAGCACUGAUAAGAACAACAAGUUUAGAUUUGCCUUUCACGCCACCAGAUCGGCUUUCUGACGUUGUGUAAGGACAAGAACAAUUUGGCUCUAAGUGGAAAAACACUAUGCGUACUCACAAACCAUAUCGGGAUAAGGGUAUCGGCGGUACAAGGACGGUGUUAACCACAAAGUUAGAUCAUUUAUACGUCUAUAUAGACUAUAACAGCUGUGAAAAAGUAAAAAAAAUAGACUUUAGAACUAACAACUAUUUUGAGCGAUUCACGCACACUAACACAAAGUGUCAUACAAAUUGCGAGUGUAAUUGUCACCCACACUAAAGUAUUAUUCCUGGUAUGUUGUCUAACAGCAAGAGUAUCUAUCUAGACGUAUAAAUAAUCUAAGACCAAAAACGGGAAAAAAAAUCCGCUGGAUUAAUUUCCGAUGUUUUCUAUAAUGUAUUGUAGAGUAUUAUAAAUUUCCGGCGCUGCAACAUAAUAUAAUAUAUAUAGAAAAAAUUACCUAUAAACAAAUACAUACUUACGUAAUGAUUUUUGUCUUCAAGUUAAUAGGUCAGCUUCCUCUGUCAAAAUUGUAUUAUGAAAGAAUGUUAUUUUAAGAGUUUUUACCGUAACAAACUCGAAUUCAAUAUGAAGUUGUUAUAAAAACAUGAGAAAUAUUUAUAUUUUCAAAAUUAAAAUCAUAGUUUUAUCAUCUGUAUUGUAUAUCACGUGACGGAAAACGCCGACCACCAUUAUGUGACGUCACUAUAACAUAAACAAUUUGUUUUUAGCAACACACCAACAAUACUAACUAUGAAAGGUCAAUUUUAUUUUGCACUGUACCUUUGGCGUUUCAUUGUUUAUGUUAUUAACACGUCACAAUCAUGGCGGCUUCCUUUUUGGCGCGAUAUUGAUCAUUUAAAUUUGAAACAAUUUUUAUAGCAUAAAGUGAAAUUAUUUUGAGGAAAUAACAAUACCAGUUGGCUAUCGAAUCUUUACGAUCGUUUUCGAAUAUAUCUUAAGAAAUCGAAGAAUAGCCUAUGAUGAUAAUGCAACACUCGCGAAAAGUGCAGACAAUAAUUGGUUUGCAGCCAUGUAACUAUCCAUGAACUAAGCAUGCUGUAUCUAAUACUUAGGUCGUUUUAAUCGUAAGACAUGCAACUUGCCAAUAAUUAAAUCUGUAAUUAUCUUUAUCUUCCAUUAUUUCUAAUAGAUUAUUAAAAAUAAAGGUAGAUAGAAAUAAGAAAUUAACGAUCACCUACCUCAAGAAAACAAGACCUAGGUAUUACCGUAGUAGUUACCAACUCUGUUUAUAUGUCUAUUUGUGUGAUUACUACUCAAAAUUAUUGUUUUAAUCCAAUAUGAUAAUGUGUUUCGUAAAAAGGUACUUAAUGUAAAUUAUUGCUGUGUUAGCGAAGUGAUCACCGCUGCUAAGAUUCUCUUGCAACACUAGAGGAAUCACAGGAGCGAUGCCGGCCUUUAAUUAGGUUACACGAAAUGUUUUUCCAAUUAUUAUACGUAUAGUAUUAUUAUUAAUUAUAAUAAUAUAAUUGUUAAUAUUAGACAUAAUAUAUUCUUAAAGCCUACAUACAAUUUUGAACAGAAAUUGCAUUUAUAUGAUAGGACUUUUAAUCAUUGUGUUGGUAAAUAGUAAUCGCUUAGGCUAAGUUCAAAUCAACACGCAAAACCGCGCGAUAUAAGAUCGAAGGAAACUGUGAUUAUUGUUGCGACUUUGCGUUUUUGUUUUGCACCGCGAGUCACCGCGUGCUUCAAGUUCUCGAACCAGUAAUCCAAAUCAGAAACAGUAAUCAAAACAAUUUGUUAUGUUUUGAAAGUAAAUAACCCUCACUUCUAGGAUUAAUACAUCAAUAAAAAUUUGAAAACAAAAUUUUAUGAAUGUGCCGUGCGAGAGCUCGGUUAAUUUUUUUGAGUUGCACAAAUAACACUUUGUCCUCCAAGUUUGAAGUUUCGUCUAUGUAAGUAACAAUUAUAUACUUAUUUUAUAUCUAUAGGUCACUACUUUCAUUUCCUAUAUGUAUCAUAUAAGUAGGUAAGAUACGUAGGAUAUUUUUACCUAGUAAAGUUAAUUUAAACACAAAUCUAAAUUAGUAGGUAGGUACAAGAAAAGACCUAGUACCAUACACAUGUGACAGACAAAGGUGGACGAACAACACACAAAUAUACUUGCUAUUAAGUUAUACCUGAGAAUAAACCGAAUAAGCAAAAUAUUGACUAUAUCGCUAAUAAUUCUGAAUGUUUCCGAAUGUCAAGCAGCCUUGCAAAUAAACGCGGGAAACGUUAUACGUCCGAAUAACCCAAUAAUAAGCAAAAUGUCUAUUUGUAAGUAGUAUACAGUUAGGUAUACAUUUUGCAUAUCUUUGUUUAAUCUCUGGUAUAACUUAAUACCAAAUUUAUUUGUAAGGCCGUAGUGAUUUAGUAUUAAUCAGAGCAGCAGGCGUGAAUUAAUAAUGCGUAAAUAUAGUGUAAGUAUUUCAGUAGGUCUAUGUACAUCUGCAAUCAUAAGAAUCAAAAUAUUACAUUUCAGUCGCAGCGUUAAACUAAACUGCAUGUGUAUAAAUACAAUAUAUUGGCGAGAUUCUUAUUUAAUUCGUAUUGGCGCUAUUAUUUAGUGUACCAUUGCUGCACAGGCCCCUGAAUAUCCAGGGUGUUGCAAGCAUACGUACAGUCAUCACACAAGCAAUUAGCACUUCUAACAUUUCUAUAAUAAAAAAAGAAGGCAUUAAAUUUUUUAUACAUCUGGUGAUAAAUGGGUAUCAGGAAAUGUAUUGAAUAAAACCAAUCUCAAUUCAAUCUAUAUAUAAAAAAGAAAAUGUAAGUUUGUAUGUUCGCUAAUAACUCCUAAACUAUUCGACCGAUCUCAAUGAAAUCUUUUGUAAUAGAUUCGUUGAAGCUCAAGGAAUGUUUACAUAUUUAAUCUAUUUUGAUCGUCUAUUCCAAAACGAUGCAGGGAAGCGCAACUGGUCAGCUAGUACAGGUAUAAAAUAAGUAGAUAAUAAUAUAGUUGUAAGGUACCUACAUCUUUUAGUUUGAGCAUACAUAAAUUUAACCCAUAUACAUUGCAUUAUGAUUACAAACACGUUUUCAUUUUGCUGGGUCAAGGAUAAUGUCUAGCAAGGCCGGGCAAAACAUUAUUGAUAUGAAAAAUAUAUAAGAUGUAUUUUUUUUUCUAAAAAUUGAUUUACUGAUUUGGAAUUCAUUUUAAUGUCAAAGCAUUAGCACUUCUCCGGAAAAUAAUGGCGCUGUGAAAGAAGAAAUAACGCAAGAAACUCUUUCAGUAAUAAUUUUGAGGUCUUUUAAAAAAUAUAUUUUUAUGACAAUAAGGGACGAGACAAGCAGGAGGUUCAACAUGCCCUGCCCAUUACGAUGCUGUGCCGCUCAGGUUUCUUGAAAAUCCCAAAAAUUAUAAGCGGCACUACAAUGUGUAAAAAAGCCCCAUUUGUCGUAUCACCGCUCUUCGAUAACACUUCCCUUAAAGCCUCGCCUAGUAUCGGAAUACUGGGUCUCGAAACCUCGUGCGAUUGCCAAUUCCGUGGCCAUCUGGAGGGCAAAGCCAAAUUGGCUUCGAAGAAGCUGGGCGUCAUCAAUAGAACACGGCAAUACUUCAAGCCGGCCCAUAUUCUAGCGCUCUACAAAGCCCAGGUCCGGCCACACAUGGAGUAUUGCUGUCAUCUCUGGUCUGGCGCACCCCAGUAUCAGCUCGAUCCAUUUGACCGCGUGCAACGCAGAGCAGCUCGAAUUGCCGGGGACCCAGUGCUCUGUGAACCGCUGGAUCACUUGGCGUUGCGUAGAGACGUCGCUUCAUUGUGUGUCUUCUACCGCAUUUAUCACGGGGAGUGUUCCGAAGAGCUGUUCAACCUGAUUCCUGCCGCCGAAUUCCACCUUCGCACGACACGCGACAAAUUAGGAUAUCAUCCCCACCAUCUGGAUGUGUGGCGGUCCUCCACAAUGUGGUUUUCAAGGAGCUUUGGACAUGGGUACCUUCAAAAAAAGCGCGUACACCUUCCUUAAAGGCCGGCAACUCUCUUGUGAUUCCUCUGGUGUUGCAAGAGAAUGUGGGCGGCGGUGAUCACUUAACACCAGGUGACCCGUACGCUCGUUUGUCCUCCUAUUCCGUAAAAAAAAAUGAGCUCUUCUUGAGACAUAAGAUGUUUAGUCUUCUUUGCCCAGUAAUUUCACUAGCUACGGCGCCCUUCAGACCGAAACACAAUAAUGUUAACAAAUUACUGCUUCACGGCAGAAAUAGGCGCCGUUGUGGUACCCAUAAUCUAGCCGGCAUCCUGUGCAAAGGAGCCCCGCACUGGUAAAAUAUUUUAAUAUUGUACAGUGCUAUUCAUAUAUAAUCAUAAUAUAAACGUUUUUAAUGAUCAGUUUUCUUCGUUUCGGAACAAACUUCGGAAACUGCUAUGUUGCUUGAGAAGAACACCGAUAGAAAACCUACUCAACAAAAAUUAUGCUUUUUUGGAAUAUUUUUGUAUUAUAUUUUACUUAGUAUACUCUUAUUACAAGUUUUGUUGACUUUAAUUAAUAUGCACUUUACUUUAUACUUAUUAAUUAUAUUGUAUUACUUAGUAAAAGUUCUUUUCUUGCACAAUUAAAAUUAUAAUAAUGUGUAAAUAUGUUAUUGCUCGUAAGUAAUUGUAUUUGCAAUAACACUUAAGAUAUACUUAGGGGUUGUUUCACAAUGUACAAGUAAAGUUACGAAUAGGCUAAUUGCUACUUAUCUAUCGAAUAAACACAUCAUUUGCCUCACAAUGUCUAAAUAGUGUUAUCUAGCAGAUAAGCGCCAUUUAAAUUUGUGCUAUUUUCAAAACAGAUUUCUUUUCGUCUGUUGCGUUGUAUAUAUUGCACCUAACACUAGUGAACAAGAAUAUAUAACUAUGUUUAGUAUAUAUUGUUAUAUUAGGAGAUUUUAAUAUGUUUUCUUGUAAUAGUUAUGUAACUAGUUAUUAUGAAUAUUUUAAGGCUUUUUGUGAGCUCGUUCAGUGUAAUUAUGUUCCAAAUUGCAACAACAGGCAGCUGGAUCUCGUGUUAAGUGGGCGAGGUGAGUUGGAGGUAUGCCGAGCAGAUGAGGCUUUAGAGCCCGUGGACGAUUACCAUCCGCCACUUAUAAUUGCUGUCAGCCUUACUGUAAGUAGACCUCCACGUAUUUACUAUGAUACUCACCAUUACUCAAAUCUACCCAUGCAGUGGAAUUUCCAUAAAAGUGACUUUAACUAUUUAUAUUAUUUAAUAAGCAUAAUAGACUGGAAUGGAUUGUAUAGUCUAGAAUCCUAAUACAGCUUUAGAUUAUUUUUAUAGUAAAAUUAAAAAUGUUAUAGACACUUGUGUACCACGUAAAAAAUAUUUUCAGGAAAGAAACAGAUUGCCAUAUUAUCCAGUGUGAUAUACUGCGUCUUUAAUAAGAAGUGUAAAACGUAAAUACAUACUUCAUAAGAAAUAUAAAAAAAGUAAAUUACCGUGUGAUUAUUUAGCUUUUUCUCAGUGUAGAGCUCUAGUUAAGAAAGAUAUAGCGAUUGCACGAGACCUCUAUCAGAACCGGGUACAAAAUCACCUUGCAAAGGACCCAAAAGCAUUUUGGAGCUACGUAAGGUCACAAAGAGGUAACAUGAGCCGUUAUAAAUUACUAAAAAAUGGGCAGGUUCUCUCAAAUCACGAUAUGGCAAAUGAAUUUGCUCGUUUUUUUCAAUCAGUCUAUAGUGUGAAUACCCCCGAGCUGAACGUAAGGGAGUUGAGUAAAACUUCAGAAAACAAUACACGAGUACACCUCGGACAGUUCAAAGCUGAAGAUGUACGACGCGCGCUAGAACGUCUACCACCAAAGCGCUCCGUAGGCCCAGAUGGUAUACCACCAUAUAUUUUUAAAGAUUGUCGUUCAGUUUUGGUGGAGCCCUUGCUUCAUAUAUUCAAUAUGUGUAUUUCAACUGCAACCCUUCCUAAUCUGUGGAAGCUCACAAGGGUUGUCCCAGUACCUAAGGGUCCCGGUGGUACAGAACCUAGUAAAUAUAGGCCUGUUGCAGUUCUGAGCACUCCAGCAAAAAUAUUUGAGACUGUUAUACAUCACAUUCUAUUUACACAAGUAGCAUCUAUGUUAUCCGAUGCACAACAUGGGUUCCGUCCAGGAAGAGGCACAGCAGGAAAUUUGCUACAUUUAAUGACACAGAUAGUCCCAGCGGUGGAUUCUGGAGGCCAGGUGGAUGUAGCAUAUCUUGAUUUCCAAAAAGCCUUCGAUGUGGUUGAUAACGAUAUUCUACUCAAGAAAAUGUCCAACCUCGGGUGUACAACACACACGUUGUCGUUUUUCGCCAGCUACUUAAGUGACCGGCGACAGUAUGUUGACUGUGGCAGGUUCCAUUCUGAGGAAUACUAUACUAGAUCAGGUCGAUCAUUAUGAUUAAUGAUCUGCCAGAAAUCGUCCGUGAAUCAACAUGUUUAUUAUUUGCUGAUGACCUUAAGCUUUCGCUGCAGAUAAAAGACGAAUUGGAUCAUAUCAAAUUACAAGAUGAUAUUAAUAGAAUAUUAAAAUGGAGUCGGGAUAAUAAAUUAUAUUUUAACAUUGACAAAUGCUUCGUGACAUCAUUUAGUCGAUCUCGGUAUCCACAGCAUUACACAUACCAUCUAGACAACCAGCCUUUGCAGCGUGUCAACAAAAUCAAAGAUCUUGGAGUUCGUUUCAAUGCGGAUUGUAACUUCCGUGAACACAUCGUUGAUAUUUGUAAGAAAUCAUACAGAAACCUUGGAUUUGUCAUGAGACAAGUGAAAAAUUUCACAAAUAUCAACGCUAUACGAGUUCUAUAUGAGGCUUUGGUGAGAAGUCAUUUAGAAUAUAAUGCUAUCAUAUGGGCCCCACGUGAAGCCAAAUACAAGCUCAUGUUGGAACGAAUUCAAAAUAGAUUUGUUAGGUUUAUAUAUCUAAAACUCUACAAAGUAUACCCAGGAUAUCCACUUCUAUAUCCUACACUUUUUAUUCUUGGCAUGGUUGGGUAUAAUAAACUAGAAACUAGGAGGGACGUACUCCUGGUUAUAUAUUUAUGGAAAAUUUUGCGUGGUAUGGUGAGUCAUCCAGCCUUACUGGAGCGAAUAGGUCUGUGGGUACCGGAUGGACGCGCUACAAGGCGAAGGCGACAGCAGCUGCUCGUAAUUCCGCGAGCGAGAACCAAUCUUAGGCGAGACACGCCUUUUACAGUCGCUUUACGAAAUUUAAAUGAACUUUCGCAUAGGAUUGACUUGUUUGAUUGCUCACUGAACGAGUUUAAAAUUAGAGUAGUUAUUGUAUGUUCUAGUAAUAGUAAUUAGUAUAGUAAUAAUCUAGUAUAGUAGGUAUAGAUUGUUAGUAGUAGCUCUAAGAUUUAUGUUUAUAUUAAUUUAAAUACUUAAAUUUAAGUCAAGCCUCUAUCGCAGUAGGUAACUCUGUAAGGAUAGGGGUUUUAUUGGUUAAAUAAAUAAAUAAAUAAAAAUUAAGUAUAGGAUGGAUGUAGCUGCUAAUGUCAUAUUAUCUGCCGGGUAGGUACUGGACAGCCUGACAGAGUGACAAGCAUUUGACAAAAUAAUGUCAAUUUAUAAUAUAAUGGUAUGGGAGCCCAAGAGACUAAAAAUCGAUUUACUCGAGCGAUGUGGGCACCUAUUGAAUUAUAUCACCAAUUGUAAACCUAUUGUAGUUCCUAUUCGAAAGAGGGCUGGGCCCUCGCCUGCGGCUCGGGCUGCAACUCGCAGCCUCGCGUAUAAUGAUUAACUUGGCUCACUAGUAUCAUAAUUAAUUAAGUAAUUUUGUGAUACGUAAUAAACAAAUUAAAAUGCAUCUACAAUCUGUAUGAAAAUAAGAUGACGCCUAUUUUUUGAUGAUUAUGACGUAACUUCUUUAUACGAGGUAUCUGUAAAAUUCUAAAACAAAAGUAUAAAAUAAUAAUAUUAAUAAAUCAAUAUAAAAUGUUAACUGACUAGGGGUUUUAACGCUAGCCGAUCUAAUAUUAUCAACCGUAUCGUAAAUAAUGUACAAUUUUAGGUGUUAUAUGUAUAAUGACGCUAUUAAUGUAAAUGGUUAGGUUUGUAGAGUGGUGUGGUGACAGUAAUGUGAAUUGUGAUAUUAAAGUUUAUUCUGUAA